AUGAAGAAGACCGUGGUCCUGUACCCUGGCCUCGGCGUCGGCCACCUGGUGCCGAUGGUGGAGGUCGCCAAGUUGUUCCUCAAGCACGGCCUCGCCGUCACCGUGGCGCUCGUCGAGCCGCAGGUCGAGUCCACGGACUUCUCCGCCGCGGUCGCCCGCGCGAGGGCCUCCAACCCCUCCGUCGCCUUCCACGUCCUGCCGUCGCCGCCCGCAGAUUCAAACCCCGACGGCGCGCCCAGGCACCACGUCGUCAAGGUUAUCCAAUUGCUCGCCGCCAUGAAUGCGCCCCUCCGCGACUUCCUCCGCUCGCUGCCCGCCGUCCACGCGCUCGUCCUCGACAUGUUCUGCGUCGACGCCCAGGACGUCGCGGCCGAGCUCAAGCUGCCGGUCUACUACUCGUUCGCCUCCGCUGCCGCCGACCUCGCCAUCUUUCUCAACCUGCCGAGCAAGUUCGCCAGCAAUACGGCCAAGGUAAAAGAGCUCGGCGACUCCAUCAUUACCUUCCCGGGUGUUCCUCCUUUCAAGGCUUCGGAGCUGCCCUCCGAAGUUAUCGGCGACGAUGAAGCGCUCGUGUACGUCUUACGCAUGUUUGAGCGAAUGGCAGAGGCGAAAGGAAUUCUUAUCAAUUCCUUCGAUUCGUUGGAAGAGCCCGCACUGAGCGCUCUCAACGACGGACUUUGCGUCCCUGGUCGUGCGACGCCGCCGGUAUACUGCAUUGGACCGUUGGUCUCGGGAGGCGGAGACAAGGAGCACGAGUGCCUCCGCUGGCUGGACGCGCAGCCGGACCAGAGCGUGGUGUUCCUCUCCUUCGGCAGCCUGGGCACAUUCUCCAGUAAGCAGCUCGAGGAAAUUGCAGUUGGUUUGGAGAAGUCAGGGGAGAGGUUCCUGUGGGUUGUAAGGAGCCCGCGCAGUCCCGACCAGAAGCACGGCGAUCCGCUCCCGGAGCCUGACCUCGACGCGCUCAUGCCGGAAGGGUUCUUGGAGAGGACCAAGGACAGAGGGCUCGUGGUGAAGUCUUGGGCGCCGCAGGUGGAGGUCCUGCGCCACAGGGCGACCGGCGCAUUCAUGACGCACUGCGGCUGGAACUCGACGCUGGAGGGCAUCACGGCAGGGUUGCCGCUGCUGUGCUGGCCGCUGUACGCGGAGCAGAAGGUGAACAAGGUGCACAUAGUGGAGGGAAUGAAGCUCGGGGUGGAGAUGAGAGGCUACAGUGAAGAGGUGGUUAAGGCCGAGGAGGUGGAGGAGAAGGUCAGAUGGGUUAUGGCGUCCGAGGGAGGCAUGGCACUCAGGGUGCGGGUAGCGGCAGCGAAGGAUGCGGCGGCUGAGGCGCUCCAGGAAGGGGGCUCGUCCAACUUGGCGUUUGCCCAAUUCCUCAAAGACAUGGACAUUUCCAAGAUUCUCGGAACACAAGACCUUGGAGAACACUUCCAUAGAUACAUGCCACAACAGGCAUUCCAGCAAGUUCAACAUUUUUCGGACAUGAAAAAAAAGUGUUUCUCCUAA